AGAUCAUUCAGUUGCAGAAUAUUAUUAUAUUUUGGGACAGUAAUAUAUUAAGAUAUAGGAGCACAGAAUAGUUUUUGCUCUUGAGAUUUACAAGAGGAGGAGAGAGACUAGUCUAUGGAAUUAAUCUGAAAAAGAGCUAAUAGGUCUGGAUUUAAGCAAUUUUAGUAAUUAAAAGUACACUGAAUCUAAUGAGAUCUGGCACUUGAUUUUUCUGAAAUGAAUUACCUACUCUUUUCUGCACUUUCCACAGGAAAUCAGUUUCCUCCCAUUGCAGCACAGGACCUUCCUUUUGUUCUAAAGGCUGGCUAUCUUGAAAAACGCAGAAAAGAUCACAGCUUUCUCGGAUUUGAAUGGCAGAAACGAUGGUGUGCCCUCAGUAAAACAGUGUUCUAUUAUUAUGGAAGUGACAAAGACAAACAACAGAAAGGUGGAUUUGCAAUAGAUGGCUACGAUGUCAGAAUGAAUAACACCCUUAGGAAGGAUGCAAAGAAAGAUUGCUGUUUUGAAAUCUGUGCUCCUGAUAAACGUGUCUAUCAGUUUACAGCAGCUUCUCCCAAAGAUGCGGAGGAAUGGGUACAGCAGCUGAAAUUUGUAUUGCAAGAUAUGGGAUCUGAUAUUAUUCCUGAGGAUGACGAUGAAAGAGGAGGAUUAUAUGAUGACGUUGAUCAUCCUCUACCAGUCAUCAAUCUACCAGCAAGUAGUCAGCCAAUAGAUGAUGAGAUUUAUGAGGAACUUCCAGAAGAAGAAGAGGACAAUGCUUCAGUGAAAAUGGAAGAACAAGGGAAGAUGAGUCAGGACAGCCUGCAUCACACCUCAGGAGAUAAAAGCACUGAUUAUGCUAAUUUUUACCAGGGUUUAUGGGACUGUACAGGAUCGCUUUCUGAUGAGUUGUCAUUUAAGCGUGGUGAUGUGAUUUACAUUCUUAGCAAGGAAUACAAUAGAUAUGGCUGGUGGGUAGGAGAAAUGAAAGGAGCCAUUGGCUUGGUGCCUAAAGCCUACAUAAUGGAGAUGUAUGAUAUUUGAGAGUCCUGGGGAAGGAAGAUUCCUCUGCCUACCUGCAAGUGCUUUGGCUCUGGAAACCUCUGAGAGCCCGAGGGACAGCUCAGAGCCCAUCUUUGUUUUGUUAACAUCCUCAUCUUUCACUGUUAUUUUAUACAGUCAUUCAUUAAAAUAUUCCUCUGAUGUGAAAUUAAAUGAGGGGUAUUGACUAAAUUAGAUACAAACAAUAAUCCUAUACCUGUCGCUAUUUUGCAAAGACGUAAUUAUAGUUUUUAUUUACCCACUUGAUUUGUGUGAAGAAUUCAUUGCUAUUGUACAUUGAUCAUGUAGUCACUGUGACUUCUGGUGUGAGUUGUCAUUUCUCUUAAUCACUGGAUAUCAGUUAGAGUCUAACAUAUAAUUUCAUAGAAUUUUUAAUUGAAUGUAUCAUGCAAGUUUUUGGUAAAUGCUAAAGAAUGUGACAUAAUAGUAACAUGGACUCAUGAAAUAAGUUUUAAAGAUUGGCAAAUUUACUUCUUGCUGAAUGUAGUUAGGAAAAAGGAAAAAAAAACUAGAAUUACAAAUGACAGUGUUCCAGCAUUGCAGUGUGCAGACCAGAACCCUGUCUGUGCAAAGCACUUCCCAAGUAACACACUUCCUGGUUUGAUCAUGGGCUUUCCAAUGUUUCCUACUAUAGUUUUAUUUAAAUCCAGUGGAAUAAAAGGUUUGCAAUAAAUAAACCCUAUACUAACAUUAAUAUAAUGCUAUAAUCAAUCUCAGUGUAACCUCAGUGUUAAAAGGGUGUUACCAAGUCCUCUUAUCCUUCCUCAGCAUUGCUGUGGUACCAAUGUCCCACUGUAAAGCAGCAACACUCCAGAGUUGUCUCCCUUGUGCGUCAAAAAAAGAAAGGAAGGAUAGGAGAGGACGUAGGAAUCAGAGUGGUGACACGUACCAACAGGUGGACUACAGGGCAGUGUUCACCUGAUACCCGAAUUACACACUGUGCUGUUUGAGCAAGAUUUGCAGAAUACUGUCUACCUUUUCAUGUUUAUUUGAAAUCAAAGGUAUUGUAACUGUCCGAGAGGCACCAGUAUAGCCGUAAUAUGUAUCAAAAUACAUUGGUGACUGGGUAAUUAUUUGGAAUAGACAUAAUAUCCUAAUAUUGAGUCAUUACUCAGCAGGUACUACCUUUGUUGAAUUUUUCAGAUCUUUAAUUUAUAAAGGUAAGAGUCUAACCAUGCAGAUGAGCUGAUAAUAUUUUAAAACCUCUUUAUUAUUUACAUAAAAUAUAAACAAUAUUAAACAGUAUUUAUUUUACCACUAAACGCUAUCAAUACCCAUGAUCAUUCAAUUGCAAAUAUAAAAAAACCUUAAUUUUAGAGAUUAUGAGUAAACUCAAGUUUAUAUGUAUAGACAUAGUCAAAGUUUUCAGAAAUUACAUUUGUGCUGUUAUCCUUGUCCUAUUAUAGUGCCAUUGAAAUAGAUUGAAACCAUCUUGGCAACAGUUAGACAGCUGGAGAUGAACUUGAUUGGCUUUCAAAGCCUGGGUGGUUGAAAAGCAAAAGCAGCUGUUUGUACUAGCCUUGUUGUGGGUGCAGGUUUUGUGUCUCUGACUUAAGUAGCCAGUAGAUGGCAGCAGCUUGUCAGUGCAUACAGCACCACUUGAAAACCCCUCCCCCACGCAGGCACAAAGUCCCCCAGAAUGUGAGCCGGUGGAGAUUUCUGCCUCCUUUUACAGUUAAUCCAGGAGAGGGAGUCCUUUGCCAACUGAUGACCAAACAAUUCCAAGCCAGACAGGCUCUCUGUGAAUGGUGACAAUACAGAAAUACAGUAUUACUUCUGUCCAGAGCUCUUCUGGCCUUUGUUCUUCUUGAACUUAAAUAUAGGUGGGAAAUGUGAGAAAGGAAACAAAAUACUUAAAUUUCCAGUGACAAGAAAAGGAUAACUAUUACUUUUGAUUCAUGAGCACUUUAUUUUCGUUUGAUGAUAUCAUUUAUAUACUAUCAGGGAGAAAGUUUUCUUUACACCCUUGAUAAUAUAUCACAUACUCUUCAAGAUCAUAAUAAUAUCAUUAAUGUGAAUUUAAACAACAUGGCUUGUUAGAAAAUAUGCUAAUUGUUAUGUUCUCAUUAUGUUUGCUUAGCUUUUAUUUGUUUUUCUAUGAACAGUUAGAGAGCUAAUUUUUUCAAAGGUGAUUGUAAGUCAUAUUUUAUAUAGCAUUUUGCUUGAUUAUUUGCUCUGUACUGAAUUUGUACUCCAUUGCCAUUAGAUCUUACAAUAAUGUUCCACUCUGCAAAUUUUUAAGGUUCAAAUAAAGUUUAAUUGUUUGCAAACUGUUAUGAUGCUAAUAAUUCAACGGCCUGCUGUGUUACUAAUGAAAUUACUUUGUUAUGAUUAAUUUGGAAAAUAGCGUGUUGAUUGUAGUAAUUAAGCACAACAAGGUGAAGUAAAUGACUCUGAUGCCAUCUGGCCUCAGACUGAAUGAAGAAGUGAAACAGGGCCGUCAUCUGAAUUUAUUCAGAGAAGUAAGGGUAGUGCAGAUGACUUCCAUUGCUACAGGAUUUACACUUAACCACAGCUCACUCCAUUCUGCUUUUGCCACUUUGCUGCAUAUGAUACUUUCCUUUAUGAAAAAGAAUGUUGUUUAGUCCAGCAUUGUUCUGAAUACUUUAAGGUGAUGAUUUUUUUUACCGUAAUUUAAUUACAGAUAAUUACAUAAAGUAUAAGAUUAUAGAAAAAUAACUUUUCAACCAUCUGUUGAUACAAUCUAUGUACAUGUAGGGUUUUGAUUUGGGUAUUUUUUUUUGCUAUCAACAUAUAAACACGUUGAAUAUAGCCUUUCACAAACAGUACAGCUUCCCUUCAAUCAUUUCUAAAAUGUUUGUGGUCAAGGCUUUCUGAUGAUUCUUGUGAUUUCUAUUUUUCCUAUAAUUAAUCUAUUGCUAUGCAAUUCAUAGAUUCUGGUACCAAUUAGACUCACUAUUAAAUAGAACUGAGUCACAUACUACAGAUUCAGAUUUGCAGUUCAGUCACUAGAAGAAAUCAACCUUCGUAUAGAUGUACUUUAAAAGCUUAAACUUCAUCAAUGAGAUUGAGUGGAGAAUUGUAAGAAUUUUUUAAAUCAAAUAAAGUUCUUCUAAAUUUCAGAUAAGUCAAUUGUUUAUAUUUCAGUUGUUGAGUAGAAUGAAUAAUAGAUCACUUUUACAUCUCGAGGGCAAUAAGUUGCAGAAUAUUAAAAGGCAGACCAUGUAAUAAGAAGAAAGUGGAUAGAGAUUAAAACAUAAUCAAGCCAUAAAUAAUACAGCUUCACCCUGAGGUUAAAGGGGUAUAAUUAUAUAUAUGUGUAUACAUA